AUGGUGACCAUUUUGAUCGAGCCGGAAAUCCUUCUGUCCGCUCUGAUGAUCAUUGCUCAUGUCUGGGGCAUCCGGAAGAUGAUACUCGCCAUGCUAGAGGCACUGGGUAUCCGCACCCUCACCAUGCAGAGCAAGCACUCGCAGGGUGAGCGGAAUGCGGCAGUGAAGAAAUUCAACUCGGCCACGUACCCCAGUCAGCUGCAUGAUCACGUCGAUGAAGCUAUCCUGAUUGGGGGUAAACUCCCAUCAACUCCCAUCAUGCCUGCUGGGACGGUGUCAUCAUGGAGUACUCUAUCAACAUGGGAACGCAGAUCCAGGCACUCGGUCAACUCUGGCGCAUGCAGGAAGAUCUUAUUGAUUAUCCACGUGGACGACACUUAA